AUGCCCCCCUCGCCCGACGCCACUUUCCGUUUACGCGACACGCUUUCCAGCCUCUGGAUCGCACCGCCGUUUGUCGCGAACAUCACCCGUCGGCGUCUUCGCCGGUCGUCCUACCAAUUCCGCCAGCUCGACGCGCCGCAGGUCGUCUCGAUUACGCCUGGGGAUACAUACGUCUCGCAUCCAGCCUUCAAGAUGCCGCCACCAUCGCAUCCCCAGGCCAAGUUCGAUCCGAUUCCCCCGGACUUGGACCUUUUCACGCUUGUCGAUCAUACCCCGAAUUUCGAAUGGGUCCUCCGAAUUUCGACUGCUCAGAUUCAAGGAUUGGGCCCCCAGGAGUUUGAGAAGUUGGUCCAACUACAAGUCAUUCAGGGCGGGAAGCCCUUGGUGAUUGAGAAAUGGAACGAGGUUCUUCCCGAGUGGCUCUUCAGUGGAGAGUGGAUGGAGAAGAUAUACGACAAGAAGCAGGAAAAUGUCCGUGACAUUACCGGCCAGACCGAGAUUCCGAUGACCACAGGCCACUAUAUGAGAGCCAUGAAGCAACUCACCAACCAAUGGACACCGACCAAUUAUCGAGACGAGAGACGGCAACGCCUUUACCUGAAAGACAUUGACUGUCCUCCCGAAUGGCAAGAACACCUGCAGAAAGUCAUUCCUCCCAACCUAUUUUACAUGAACGAAAACGUCACGCAAAAGGGAGCUGCAGACAGUCGAGAAAGUGAUCCUUUUCGUGGCUUUGGCGAUAGGUCAAAGGUGGCACCUGCGGGAGAUCUCAUGUCAAGCCUGCCCGAGGAGAUGCGAGCACAGAAUCUCAUGUGCUAUAUCGGACACGAAGGAACAUUCACCCCGGCGCAUCGUGAAAUGUGCGCCAGUCUCGGACAAAACAUCAUGGUUGAGGCUUCGGGGAGUGAGAACGGAGAGAAACCUGGAAGCUCCAUCUGGUUCAUGACGGAGACCAAGGAUCGAGAAGUCGUCCGCGAGUACUUCCUGUCUAUGCUCGGCCACGACAUCGAAAUUGAGAAGCAUUUUGCUCAGAUCAACGCCUGGAAAAAGGCAACCUUUCCGGUCUACAUUGUCGAGCAGAAACCCGGCGAUUUCAUCCUCAUCCCCCCUCUAGCCCCUCACCAGGUCUGGAAUAGGGGCACGCGCACCAUGAAGGUCGCGUGGAACCGCACGACUGUCGAGACCCUGGACAUGGCACUCCACGAAGCCCUUCCCAAAGCUCGUCUUGUCUGCCGUGAUGAGCAGUACAAAAAUAAGGCUAUCAUCUACUAUACGCUUAAGAAAUACUUCGCGCAGAUGGUAAAGGCCGAGCAGGACAGCGAGAUGGGCAUUGCCGGUCUAAGCUCGGAGCUUUUCCGGUCAUCCUCACGGUAUAAGCAGCUUGCCAAGGAUUUCCGCCAUCUUUUCUCACUCUACACCGAGAUUCUUGUUGACGAAAUGUUUGCGACCAAAGAGAAGAACGUCGAAUAUGUCGAGUACGAUUCUUGCGUGACCUGCUCAUACUGCAGAUCAAACAUUUUCAACCGAUUCUUGACCUGCAAGCACUGUGUGCGGACUCUGGUCAACGGAGAUGAGGAUGCAUACGACGUCUGUAUGGAAUGCUACGCCAUGGGACGAUCCUGUGUCUGCAUAUCCAAACUUCAAUGGUGCGAGCAAUGGUCGUGGGAACAACUGACGGAGGAUUACGAACUCUGGCGGGCGAUGAUCAUCAAGAACGACGGCUUCGUUGAUAUAGAGCUAUCACCUCAGCCUCUUGAAAUCGCUCGCACCCGGCGAGGUAAGAAGGCACUGGCCGAAAUUUGCCAGGAGGGUUUGCACAGGCGACCUUUCAAAGAUAUUUCGAGGCUUGACGAGGACAAGCCACUCCCCGAGUCCGAACCCGAGCCAGAAUUGGACGACAACGGCAAGCCCAAGAAGAAAAAAUACAAACGGAAGAAGAAGAAGGGAGAACUUCGUCGCUGCCACGUUUGCUGUCACAAGGACUACGCCUACAAGGUGCAAGAAUGCUCAAAUCCAGAGUGUAAAGAAAGUUACUGCUACGGCGUGCUUUACCGCGCGUUUGAUCAGAUGCCACAGACGGUACAGGAGAACGAGAAUUGGCUUUGCCCAAAGUGCCUGGGCAUCUGUAAUUGCGGUGCAUGUCGCCGUGCCGAAAGCGGCAACCCCUAUACGCCAAAGAACACCCUUCUCGGUCAUGACACCCGGGCUAUUGCGGACGAUAGAAGUGUUGAGGCCCUCGUCGACUUCCGCGUGCACAAUCUCAACUGGCUCAAGACAGCUGGUGAAGAGGGCCGCAGCGCGAACAGCAAACGUAUGAAGGAGCUACGGGAGAAGGCCGACACCGCAAAGGCUCAGGAGAGUGCUUCUCUGACUGCCGAAGACAUCGCUAAUGGUGCUAACGGUGCUACCGCGUCCGCAGAGGGUGGGCUGUACGGAUACGGAGAUCAGAGCCAUGUCCUCGGUGAGCAGGACGGACGUCAUGCUGAUGACCGCGAUCCCGACGCAACUCAAGACAUGUCGCAGAUGGACAUUGAACCGUCUGCUCCAGUGGCGAACAUGAAUGGGGACCCCGAAUGGGACCAGUCAGCAUACCCGGAUCCCUUGGGCAUGGAUGGCCAACCCAUGUUCGGCAUGGGUUACUACCAACAAAGUGGUCCAGAUCAGAUUCUAUUCGACCCGUUCCAAAUGCCUUCAACUGACGCCAUGGUGUUUGACGAUGAGGCUGAAUACGUCAAGAAUAUGUUGCGGACACAGAAGCGGAAGGCAAAACAGGAGAAUGAUUUGGAUCCAGACUUCCAUGGCCCAAGGCCCCAAAACAGGAAGAAGGCAAAGAAAGACGACGGUGCUGACGAAUCUGCCAUGGAUCCGGCGUUGUUCGGUUCGGCACAGCCUGCUUCCGCGGGCGCCGCACCCGAAGCUGCUGAGGGUGAUACUGCCGAGCCAGCUGGGGUGAGCGGUGAUCCUGAGGAUGAAGCCUCGGCCCAGCUAGAAAGAGAGGCAGUCCCGGCAGGCGGUCUUGCACGACGCGGGAUGCCAGCUCCUCAAUUCCCGGCAAACGUUCCUUCAUUGCGACAUGCAAGGCCUAGAGCGUCUUAUGCUGAGCCAGAAGAACCAAUGAUCGACGACCCUGAUGACAUGGUGCCGGCUUUCAAGCAAAGGCCACCGGUCCAAAACGAUGAGCCGGAGGCGGGCGAUGCCAGUAAUGACCCUAGAGACUUGGCCUCUGACGCUGUGCGUGCUCUCAUCCAGAAGGGAACUGAUGCUGCAGCCGCCACCGCCGCCGCUGGUGGAGCCGAAACGCCCACAGCACCAAGGAGGCGAGGCAGGCCGCCGCGGAACGCGAACUCGACGCCGGGUUCGGUGCCGAGAGCCCCUCUAGCCGAUGCUGUUCCAAAGCCAUCUGAAAUUGCAGCAAGAAAUGCAGCGAAGAAACGUGAAGAGCGAGCAUCGCGACGUUCGGACCUUAGCCGCGUUGUGACUAUAGAUGGAGCCAGCUCGUUCAACCCGAGAGCUAGGGGCAACACAGCUAGCGACGACGACGAUGACGACGAUGCAGAUGAUGAAGACGCGUCUCACGAUGUAACUGAAGCUGAACUCGAGGCUCAACUUGAGCGAGAGUUGGCUGGAGAAGGACCAUCCCAGAAUGCACCCGUCACCUCCAUCGAGACCGAGACGGCGGAGGCAACCGCGGCACCGCCUAAGAAGCGCCGUGGUCGACCGCCCAAGAACAAGACCGCCGCGGUAGAGAAGGCACCUGUCGAUCGAUCACCGCCCCCGCCUCCUCCGGGUGCCACAAAGAUGAUGUCAAUGGCGGCUCGUGUUGCAGCUCGCGGAGGAAAGUUCAAGAUUGCUUCGCGCAAGUCGCGAGAUGCGAGCGCGAAGCAAACUCCCACUCCAACCCAGGCGUCAUCCGCGAGACCUUCAGUCAGUCGCAGCGAGCAGCCAGCCAAGAUUGUGCCUUCUACUGAAGAGGCGACGGAGCCAGCAAAGGAGACCAACAGAGAGCCUUCGAGAGAACCAAGCGUAGAUCUCACUCCUCCACCUCCUGGUACGCCUGCCAGAGUGAGAGAGCCAAGCUCGGAUCAUACGCCUCCACCCCCGGGCGCCUCUGGGGACAGACAAUCCAGCUCUGAUCACACGCCUCCGCCCCCCGGUGCUUCCACGGACAGACAGUCGAGCUCCGACCACACGCCUCCGCCUCCAGGUGCCGUCGGUCGACGCUGGCGCAAGUCGGAUGAAGACGAGUCGGACUUUGACGCUCCCGUCGCGUCGCCGUCCUCUGCAUCUUCCUCUGAUUCCGGCAUUCCCGGAGAUCGUUCUCCUCCUCCGCCGCCGUCCGCGCGCCGAGGUAGGCCUUCGGGUGGUCUGACUGUAGUGAGAAUCGGCUCCGAGUCGGAAUCGGAGAGCGAGAUCUCGUCGUCUUCUGAAUCGGAUAGCGGUAUCGGUGGUCCAGAGCCUAGCAGGAUGCGAGGCGGGUCUAUUCGGGGCGGCGCUACUCGUGGUAGAGGGAGAGGACGUGGACGUGGAAGGGGUCGUGGUCAUUAA